AUUUAUCAUUACCACUCAUCUGUUUGAGCUUUCAAAACUUGCUAUAGCUACUUCUUCAUAGUCACAAGUUUUCAUAAACAAGAAUAAAACCUUCACAAUCAUCAUCCUCAAAAUCACCUCUAUCAAUUUUUGUUUUUUUCUUCUUCUUGGAAUUGGUUUUUCAUCAUCAUCAUCAUCAUCAUGAGCCUCUCAAUGUUCAUGUGCAGAUUAAUCACAAAACCUUUAAUAAGCAAUGUUCCAUGCAAUGGCAAAAAACUCAACACGAGACAAAUUCAAAAAGAGAAUGUAGUUUUGGUGAUGGGAGCAACAGCCACAGGAAAAUCAAAGCUAUCAAUUGACUUAGCAAACUAUUUUCCAUCCGAAAUAAUCAACUCCGACAAAAUUCAAAUCUACGAAGGUCUCGACAUCGUAACAAACAAAAUAACAAAAGAAGAACAAAAAGGAAUACCUCAUCAUUUACUAGGAACACACAACCCCAACAUAGAGUUCACAUCGAACGAUUUUCGCGAAAAAUCAACCUCGGCCAUUGACUCAAUCACGGGCCACGGACAUCUUCCCAUCAUCGUCGGAGGCUCGAAUUCAUAUCUCGAAGCCUUAAUCGACGAUGAUGACUAUAAUUUUCGAUCCAGAUACAACUUCUGUUGUCUCUGGGUCGAUGUUUCAAUGCCUAUUCUCCGCGCGUACAUAGAACAACGCGUGGAUCAAAUGUUUAACAGUGGAAUGAUCAACGAGCUGCGACCGUUUUAUAAUCCCACCGGGGAUUAUUCAAAAGGGAUACGAAAAGCCAUUGGUGUUCCCGAGUUCGAUGACUAUUUUCGAAUGGAGAGUUUCGUGGACGAAAAAACGAGGAAACAAUUACUCGAAAAAGCAGUGAAUGAGAUGAAGAUAAACACAUGGAAAUUAGCUAGGAAACAGCUUGGGAAGAUUGAUUUUCUGAAGAAUGUUAAGAGAUGGGAGAUUCAUCGAUUAGAUGCUACACCUGUUUUUAGGAAGCGUGGAAAAGAAGCUAAUGAAACAUGGAAGAAGAUUGUUGCAGAGCCUAGUGCUAUGAUUGUGGCAAACUUUUUGUAUAACUCUGCUAAUGUUGUGAAUUCUUCUUCUUCUUCAUCAUCGAAUCUUAGAGUGCCAAAAUCUCAGAGUGAUCUUAUGGCUGCUGCUACAUGUUAGAAGAUGAUGGAAUAUAUUUUUUUCAGCACAGAGAAAUAAUUUAUGUAUAAUUAAUUAUCUUACUAUUGUUCCAUUUUUGAGAAAAUAAUAAAUGAAUAAAGUUUUGUUUCAUUUUUACA